AAACACCCCCUGCAAUGGCAUUUUCCAGUGCUCCCUCUCACAAACCAACAGGCCGUCACCUAUUCGCAGCAAGUCCAAGCCCUCGUCAUCUCCCGGACAGCCCUCACCCCGGCACCCUCUCCUGACGCCUUCCUUUUUUUGGGAAGUCGCCCGCCCUCUGCCAGGCGCAGCCAGGACCGAGUGGGAGCUGCAUUAUCCAGGCAGGCAGGAAUGCCGGCGAUGAGAUCAGAUUCCUCCUACCACCGGUUGUUGGCGCCCUGGCAGGGGGACGGGGGAAAAUUUCCACCCGGCUGAAGGAUGCACAAGCAGCUAAAUUUAGGCUGUUUUACAAGAGGGCUGGAAGGCAGCCCAGAGACUAAAGGGGGCUUUAUAAACCCAACAGCUGCCUCCGAGCCGUGCUGUCCUCAUCCACCCAGCCGGCUAUAAAGAGGGCCGUGCCAGUGCCCCCCUGGGCCCGGCUCUGAUUCCCAUUCUCCUGCAGGAGGAGGGAAGAUCCACUCCUCCCACCCCAGUUGGUUGCCUGGUUGGGUUUAUUUGUAUUUCUUUGCUCCCCCUCUCUCCCGGCAACGUGCCCCGAGGUGGAUGAGCGUGAAGUCCUCCUCUGCCUUCCACUCCCAGCGGCACUUCCACCACAGCUCGUCCUCGGCCUCCCCGGCCCCCUCCCAGCAGCACCGCAUGGAGAAAGCCCGCGGGAUAUUCGCCGACGACUUCGGGAAGUUCAUGAGGCCGCGCACGGAGCCUCUGGGCUUCGCAGCCCGUCCAGGCAACGCGGGGAACAUUAAGACGCUGGGAGACACCUACCAGUUUGCCGUGGACGUCAGCGACUUCUCCCCCGAGGACAUCAUCGUCACCACGUCCAACAACCAGAUCGAGGUCCACGCAGAGAAGCUGGCGGCAGACGGGACCGUCAUGAACACCUUCACCCACAAGUGCCAGCUGCCCGAAGAUGUGGACCCCACUUCUGUCACCUCUGCCCUGGGCCCCGACGGCACCCUCACCAUCAAAGCCAGGCGGCACCCGGCCAAGCACACGGAGCACGUGCAACAGACCUUCCGGACUGAGAUCAAAAUCUGAGAGGCGGCGGGAGGGCAGGGGCAGGGGCAGGGGCAGGGGCAG